UAUAGAAUAAAACUGAGAAGUGCUGUGCGGAGGAUCAUGAACCUCCCCCGUGUUUUGGCCUUUUUGAGCACAGCAUCUCUUUAUUAUUCAAUUAUCAUAAGUGAGGAUGUGACAGUUUCAGGGGGAAGUCAUGAUGUUGUUUAAGGUGUAUUAUGUAGUAUGAACACUUUCAGCACACAGAAGUGAGCAUGAGCAUGUCGUCGACUGGAAGAGGAGUGCCGGCUCCGCUCUGCCAGGGCUUCCUGAAGAAACGCAAAGACAAGAUGAAACUUCGGUGGGUGACUUACUGGUUCAGACUUUACAAUACCACGUUGUUUUUCUAUACUAAAAAACACGGGAGUGCUUUAGACCUCAGAGGCCAAUACUACAUAUAUGAGGUUCAGUCUGUGCGGGAGGUCAACAAAUCUGAAAACAAUCGCUAUAUGUUUGAGAUCACAAUGAAAAACGGGAAGAAGAAAAUGCUUGCAGCAGAGUCAGCUCCCAUCCGGCAGGAAUGGAUGGACCAGCUGUGGAAAGCCAUGCUAAUCAGCGGUCCUGACAGAUCUGGAUCAAUCUCCAAUGGGGAGCUGCUGCCGGAGUCCAGCAGAUAUUCAAUGGACAGUAGAUGCUUCUCCAUUGGUCAAGAGUCAUUUCAGUCCUUUUCUGAUGCUGAUGAGACACAAGAAGGUUUGCCUACAGACAAUGAAAUGGAACAAAACACUGAAGAGUUUGUGCUGACGGACUAUGAAUAUGACGUUCUACCACCUCGAAAACUUACUGAAGAAGCCAUUUAUGACACUCCGACAUCCAGAAGGUCAACUAAUGAGAGAGAGCAUGGUAUGACUGAUAGCAUCUAUGAUGUUCCAAACACCUUGAUUAGGAAAUUCACUGAACAUACAGUUGAAUCUCACAGCGGCAGUGCGAGGCCUGAGAGCUGUGGUCUUCUGAAUGACAUGAUAGCCUGUCUGGACAGUGAAUCUGCAGCCUGGGUCAAAACUGCUCCUUUGUGAAUGUAUAUGAGAAGGCUUAAUUGUAAAUGUGUGUUGUUGCAGUAAAAACAGAUAGGUCACUCAAAAGUACAAAUUCUACAAUCAUUUCAUCUUUUCGUUGUCCUAAUGUCUAGAGCCUAAACACUUUUAACUGUAUCAUUUGAUUUUUGGUACUAACAAUAGGUGGGCUAGGAGGUAAUGACAUAAUAUUUUGUCCAUGUCCUAAAUGAACAAGUGUUUUGGGGUUUGAAUAUUUUCUGCAAUUAUUUUAAGAUAUCUUCUGAUUAAUUGUCCUAUUGGGAAGUUAUAAGGAAUAACAAAUAACAGUGGUCAAACUACUUUCUCUACAAACAAGUGUGUUUAUGACUAUGCAUAAAAUAAAAUAAUUUAAAACUACCAGUUUGCAACAUCAAUCAGCAUAAACAGCAGGUUUUUUUUGUUUGUUUUGAGCCUAAGCUUUCAACAGGGCACUUGUCAAUAAGGAAGCUCACAUCAAAAUUGGAUGACAAGAACAGUGACAAGAUUGUGACUAGAUUCAUGUUAAGGACAUAAACCUUUGAUAAAUAAGACGAUGUUCACAAUUAUUGUCAAAUUAUGUUUGUAAUCUAUUCAAGGAA